GGUACCAUGAGGGGGCCCAUUUACACAUUAUUUUGAGAGAAAAGCCAAAUAGGCUAUCCCCUCACUCACCCUCCCCCAUUAUUUCGGCCAAAGAGACCCAAGAGAGAAGGAUAGCUCUUGCAACCUCAUCCUCCAUAGCCAAUAACUGAACUCAAGCUUAAGGAGUCCAAAGGAAGGGUUUUAAGAAGGGAAAAGUUGGGAGAAAGUGUGAAGGAUUAAGACCUUGUUAGGAACUUGAUAUAAAGUAUCUUUGAGCUUCGCCGGAGUUUCGCCGGAGUUGGUCAAAGUUGGCCGGAGUUGGUCAAAGUUCACCGGAAUUAGUCAAAGUUCAACCGCGGAGCGUAGAACACGCUUAAGCUCACUUAAGGGAUAUCCGACCGAAUUUCCUCCAACAAUCUCAAGAAAGUAUUUGGCGUCGGAUAUGUCUGCACGUGUGAUCUCACAAGGCGUUGUCGCUGCACUCAUCACGGCCAUGUUAUUCUUGCAUGUGUGGUGUGAUUUAGACUGGUAUUUGGAUAUAUCUCUACGUAUAAUGCUUACUCUUUUUACUUUCCUACUUACAAUAAGCCAUACUUUAACACCAACUUUUGAGAAAAAUAUUAUUCAUUUAUUUAGUGGUAAAAUGACAACUAUGAAAAACAACAACCCACUAAAAUCAAGUUUAAACUUGGUUAGUAGUGAUGAUAAUUUUAUUGCGGUUGUUUCUCAAAGUUGUAAAACUAAUGAUGUGAAUGAGUGGGUGGUAGACUCCGGGGCUACCAAGCAUAUUUGUAAAAACAAAAAUGCUUUUACCUCCUAUACCAUUAUAGGAGAUGGCGAAGAGCUCGUGUACCUAGCGGACACUAAAACCGUUAAGGUGCAUGGAAAAGGGAAAGUUCUUCUUAAACUCACAUCGGGGAAAACUUUAUCACUAAAUGAUGUGCUUCAUGUGCCCGAGAUUCGGACUAAUUUAUUUUCUGUUUAUCUCUUGGGAAAAGUUGGGGUUAAAGUUUCUUUUGGUUGUGAUAAUUUUGUUAUGACCAAAAAUGAUGUUCUUGUGGGAAAUGGCUAUUGUAAGAAAAGACUUUAUAUACUUGGCAUUUCUGAAAUAUUGCAUGAUAAUGCUUCUGUGUACUUUCGGUUGGUUGAUUAUUGUGUUAUGUGAUAUAAUAGAUUCGGCGUUUUACAUGGCAGCAUUUUUUAUUUGAUUUAUGAAACUCCUAAAUAUCGUAAGAUUAAUAUUUAGUGAUAUGUGAGUACCUCUAGAAAAUUGUGAUAUUUUGAUGAAUUAUUUAUAUAAAUUUUAUUAGAGCAUCUACGCUGUGUUUAGAGGUGGUAAAAGUAGUUGUCACAUUUAUUGGUGAUUUUUCGAGAUAAACUAAAUUUUAUCUUAUUUUAUUUAAAAGGAGAGUUUUUAUUUGAUAAAAUCAUUGUGUACAAAUAAAGGUUGAGAUGUAAAUUAUCUCUCUAUGAAUUCUAGAAGGGCUAUGCACCUGUUUUAAAAUAUUUAAAAUUGUGGGGGAGCUUAGCUAUAUUUUUAUUACCUAUCUCAUUGAGUGAAAACGAGCUUUAUAAUUCUUGGCUACUUUUGCAUAAAUAAAAAAAAAAAUGGAGCACAUAUGUGAUUUUCAUAAAUUGAAGAAAUAGUGUGCUAAUGUGCAAUAAUUUAAGCUAUGUCAUUGCUGAUAUUAAUGUAUUAGUUUUUGGAGAAUGUGUACACACUAAAUGAUGCAUGUAUGAUUAUUUAUUUAUAUUAUACGUUGUUGAAACAAAAAUGCUGAAUUUUUGAAAAAAAAAAAUGUGUGUCCUUUGAAAUUUGAGCACAAGACCGUUGCACCAUAUAGUGAGUAUAACCCAUUACAAGGAAAUAAAACCUUUAAUGAUGAACCCUCUAGUGGUAGUGAUCCAUUAAAAGAAAAUUAUUCUUUUAAUGACGAAUAUUCUCUUUAAGAAGAAGUAAGAAGCCAAAGAUAGAGAAAUCUUCUGGAAAUGUUUUUUAAUUAUUCUUUUUAUUCAGAAACUAUUUAAAAAAAAAACUUUUUUUUCUUGGGGCCAUAUAAGCUUGAAAUCGACUCUAUUCACAAUAUUUUUCAUCAAGUGGAUGUUAAAAUUGUGUUUUUAAAUGGAGAGCUAGAGUAAGAAAUAUAUAUGGUGCAACUGGGGGGGUCAUGUGGUCACUGAUCAGGAACACAAAGUGUGCAAGUUGAUCAAAUUUUUAUAUGAAUUGAAACAUGCUCCAAAACAAUGGAAUGGAAAAUUUGACGUAGUGUUAUUUAUUCAAGAUUUUACCUCAGCAGAAGUAGAUAAGUGUGUUUGCACUAAAUGUGAAAAGGUACGUGUGCAUUAUUAUUUGUUUAUAUGUGGAUAAUAUGUGAUUUUGGGUAUGAAAGCCAUAAGGAAGGAUAUGAUGAUGGUAUUAUACUACAUCUCAAAAGCAUCAUGCUGUAAAACUACUAAAGAGGGUUGGACAUUUCAAUGUCAUUCCGUGAUUGAGUAUCCCUUAUGACUCUCAUAUGUACUUAAAAAAAAUAGAGGUGAUCUUGAGGCUCAAAAUAGCUUUUGCUGAUAAGGAGCAUUGGACUGCGUUGAGACGGUUAUUGAGAUAUUUGAGAGGUACCAUCAAUGAUGAUAUAUUUGAUUGAAAUUAUCCGUUAGUAAAAUAUUGAUACAACGAUGAUAUAUGUUUUAUUGAGAAUUAUCCAUUGUACUAGAGUAGUACAAUGAUGUUAUAUGAGAAUUAUUCAUUGUACUAUAAUGAUACAAUGAUGAUAUUUAUUUGAUUGAGAAUUAUCCGAUGUGCUAGAGGAUCACAUCGAUGUUAUAUUUUAUUGAGGGUUAUCCGUUGUAUUUCCGGAAUACAACGACGCCAUCUGAGUCGACUCGCAUGAGACAAAUUAAAAUUGUGGAUAUCCAUUCACUCUUAAAAGCGGUGCAAUGAUGUUUGAGAAUGGAAUAAUUUCCAUUAAUUUUGUGAAGUCAGAAGGAAUUAGCUACUCCUUUGACAGAAUCCCUAGGACGAAAAAUUAUAACUGAAACAUCGAAGGAAAUGGGACUAGUGUCACUUGAAACAAAUGGGGAUGGGAACCCAACUUGUGUGAUUGGAGAUCCCAUGAAGCAAGUUCAAAUGGGUAAUAACAAGUCUUCCAUUUAGUUCUGCUAGCCUAACUAAAAUUGCCCAUUUCCAUGAUGUGAGAUAUAGGCUAGAAACCGCAUACUUUGAGAGGAUGAACUAAAAGCUCUUAAUUAUUAUCAUAGCCCUUACUUUUAGGGUGGUGUGCAAAAGCGGUACACACUUGAUGAUAUCACCUAUAUGAGUGUGAGGUGGGGCCGCCUCCAUGAAGCAUGACAAAACUUCUAGAGCACUCAUGAAAACCAAGCACGCGCAUGGCCUUACGGCGCACAACGGCGUAAUAACGAGAAAUUGUGCAGGGUGAGACACGACCGUUAAGACCCUGAUUUACCAAUAGUAGCUUGUUGGUUUCAAGAAACUAUAGGUUUCACCAUAAGCUCGGUUUAUUAAGACUUAAUCGUCUCGGUUUGGUUUCAAGUCUACGGACACCAAACUUAAAGUCUCAUUCCUUUAAUCCAGCAGAUAUUUUCUAAACUACUUUUAACAUCUAAAAAUAUUCAUUUGAAAUAUGUGGGGGAUUGUUGGAAAAAUAGGAGUAUUUCAAAUGAAUAAAAUAUUAUUUAUCUUAAUUGUUUACAUAUUGAUUUAUUAACAAAUGUUAUACAUCUUAUACAUUAUAAAAUUAUUAUUAUAACUAUAAUGAAUACAAGUUUUUUGAACGUUUUGUUUUGCACGUUGCAACUUUUGAUGGUUUGUUGAUUAUUAAUAAACAUUAAAGUAUGCAUUAAUGACACUUUCUAUUGAGCUUCAAUUCUAUCAAAACGGUUGCAUGAGCUGUGGUUUUGAUUAUAUUAUUUAAUAGUAAUAAUAGAGCAACGUUCAACUUUUUCUUUCAGAUGGCUUUAUAAGUAUGCAUGUUUGUGCUAAGGAAUGUAGGAUAAAAAUUUUUCCUUGUCCUUUAAAACUUCAUCGGCCAGACCUGCUAGUGUAGGAGGAGAAGAUUAUUUUGAGAAGAACAUCCCCUAAUAUUUUCACUCUGCUGGAUUAAUUUUAUUUCUACUCUCGUUGUUCUGUUUCCGGCUUACGCCGAAGAGCUCGUUUUAUCUUGGGGAAAGAUUUUCGCUAGUCGGAAAUACUUUCUUGAGGACAACGUUUACGCGACUCGAGCUAUAUUAUUUUCUAACGUUAUUUUUGCAGGGAUAUCCGACCGAAUUUCCUCCAACAUGUUCUACAUGGCUUAAGUGUAGAAUGAUGGGUUGGAAGGUGGUUCUAUGUCCAAAAACGGACCUAGGGGCCAAACCGACAAGUUCACCGGAAAAUAACCUUUUAUAGGUUAAUUGUAUUGAUUAAGGUUUUAUGAUGUUAAGACCUUGUUAGGAACUUGAUAUAAAGUAUCUUUGAGCUUCGCCGGAGUUUCGCCGGAGUUGGUCAAAGUUGGCCGGAGUUGGUCAAAGUUCACCGGAAUUAGUCAAAGUUCAACCGCGGAGCGUAGAACACGCUUAAGCUCACUUAAGUUUCAGGUAGGGAGUAGAGCUUGCUACUACCGCUCGUUGCUUCGGGGAAUUCAAGGAGGAAGGCGGGGUUCGUACUUCUCCUGUUUCUGUUUUGAAAACAAUUUAAAUAAUGCUCAUGGAUAUUAUUUCGAAUAUUUAUUUGGGGGCUUGUAUGCCCGUGGUUGCCACGUGUGGCUUGAAUAUUUGUAAUUAUGUUUCCGCUGCUUAAUUAAAUAUUUUACGUUAUGAUUGUUUAUGGAUGUACUAUGUGUGAAUGGUAUUCAAGACGCC